AUGAAACCACCGUUCAAGACCAUUGAACCGCCUACAACCCUUGGUGCACUGCUGAAAGACAAAAGAGAGGGAACGAUUAUCACAGCCACAAUCUUGGAGAAUCUAACACAAAAUAAAAAGGAUGAACUGAAGAAGCUCAACGGCACCCCAGUUAAGGGAAUUGAGAUUCAGCAUAUUCCCGAAGAUGAAUCCUUCUAUUUUAUUUCUUGGGAAGUCAAGGAACUGAUACGAAAUCAGUGGGUUCCUUCCUCCAAGACCGCAUGCGAGCUCGACCACCUUGAGAAGGACAUAAAGUGCUUAGAGAACGAGAGGCUUGUGGUACUUUAUGGCAUAAUGGUGCCAAAGUCAGAACGUCGGUGGAAGUUAAUAGGUCUCGCAGGUUCCAAGUAUCACCACUACAACAUGGAGUCUUGCAAUACCAGCCUUGCUGUUUAUGACUACUAUGCUACUAAUUCCGUCGCUUAUGUUGUCUUGACGAAUGAAGUGUAUCAAACCUUAAGGGAGAGAGGAGUCGACUUCGAAAAGCUUGAGAUGGUUGCCGAUAUGGAGCCUGCUUUCGACCAAGACUUCAGACCUAGCAAAGUGAUCGACCUCGGAGCAAGGCGGCUCUGGCUUGCCCGUAAACCCACAAAGAAACAGCUGGAGUCUGCCGGUUGGGAAUUCGAUUGGGAGACCAAAAGAAACCAUAAUAUCCUUGUUAAAGUGUUGAAGGUCCCUCCAUGGCCCGAUCUUGUUGUCAUUAACUCUGUCUAUCACGCACUGAUGAUGAGGCCCCGGUUCUCCCCUUAUCAGGUCACUUUGCGUCCUCUCGAGAGAAUUCCUCGAAAUGAGACCUACCACUACGUUCCCCUCACUUUAGACCAGCUACAAGACUUCAUUGGACCCCAACAUGAACUGUAUCAUGUAUCUCUGCAAGGUGUAAUUCUCGUUGUUGGGGUGAUGGUUGGUUAUCGGCUUCAUGAUCAGUAG